GCUUCCAGUGCGGAGGGUGGCGCGAUCAGUGAAUGGAUCUUCCAGGAUGGUCAGUUCUUUGGCAUGGAUCAGGCGAGCGGCAUUGUUUUCGUGUUUGAAGGCAGUCAGGCUGGCCAACUCUGGCGCCAAGCCGCUAGUCCUGUCUGCGGCGGCGGCCUCGAGGGCGGAGCCAGCAACGUCUCUGCGAGGAAGCUCAGCAACGAGCCUCACGAGGUGCGCAAGGGCAGGCAGUUAGCCGAAGUUCUUGCCGACAUUGCUGUGAAG